CUGUUUCCCAUGACAAUGAAAACAUUUCCUGUUAUCCCGGUGUCUCCUUCAGCUUCUGUGAAAGACAUCCCUCCCUCCACACCCCUCGCCUUCUCCUCCGUUUCUUCGUCAUCCUCACUCACACCAACGACCAAAGAAAAGCGAGAAACACUCGACGCUCUCUCCAAAGGCCUCUCCGUCUCUUUAGAGAGCAGAAGGCUGAGUGACACAGCAGCAAUGGAGAUUGAUUCCAUUCCUACAGCUUACGGCUCACAGUCCGAUGAGGGCGCCCCAAUGACAAUUCUUCCUUCAGUCGACCCACCAAUGGCCCCGCAGGAUGAUGCCGAUGCUCCUCUAUUAAGUGAUCUAUCAGCCGAUCUUCUGGGACUCGACGCAGAGUCGUGGAGUCUUGCAGUGAGUCCGGAUUUCUGCCGGCAGCAUGACAGACGUGCCAUCAAACGCCAGGAUGUAAUUUAUGAACUAAUGCAGACCGAGCUGCACCACAUCCAGACUCUGACGGUCAUGUCCGAAGUGUUCAGACGAGGAAUGCUGGAGGAGCUGCAACUCGACUGGGAUUGCGUGGCCCGGAUCUUCCCUUGUUUGGAUUCCUUGUUGCUCUUCCACAGGAACCUCUUUGGAUCACUGCAGGAGUGCAGACAAGCUUCCACCCAAGCCGAGAACCAGAAAAAUUACCUCAUCCAUCAGAUCGGAGACAUCCUGCUUCAGCAGUUCUCAGAUGAAAAUGCUGAGACAAUGAAGCAAGUGUACGGCGAUUUCUGCAGUCACCACAUGGAAGCUGUCAGUGUCUUCAAGGAGCUUCAACAGCAGAAUAAAAAACUCCAGAACUUUGUCAAACAACAGAGCCAUAACUCGCUGGUCAGGAGGAGAGGGAUUCCAGAGUUUAUCCUUUUAGUCACCCAGCGCAUCACCAAGUACCCAGUUUUGUUGGAGAGGAUAUUACAUUACACUCAAGAAGGCAGUCAGGAACACUCCGACUUGUCAAGUGCUCUGGCUCGGAUUCGUGAUAUCAUCGCAGCAGUGGACCUGACUGUCAGUAAGUACGAGAGAUCUCAGGAGCUGCAAGAAGUGCUCGCCCGUCUGGAGAACAAGAGCUUUGCCAAACUAAAGAGCGGCAAGGUGAUUCGCAAGCAGGACCUGCACAGCAAACACAGAGAUCUGCAGCACAAGGGACUGCUUUACUGGAAGACCGCCACAGGCCGCCUAAAAGAUACAUUGGCCCUCCUCCUUACAGAUGUUCUGGUGUUCCUACAAGAGAAAGAUCAACGCUUUGUGUUUGCGGCCGUGGACCAGAAGCCUCCUGUGAUCCCACUGCAAAAGCUCAUUGUUCGAGAAGUAGCCAAUGAGGAACGAGGGAUGUUCCUCAUCUCCGCUUCCUCAGCUGGACCGGAGAUGUACGAAGUUCACACCACGACCAGAGAGGAGAGAAAUGCUUGGAUGAGACACAUAAGACAAGCUGUCGAGAGGUUUGUUUCGGAGUCAACUGCGAGCAAUUGUUUGACAAUGUUGACAAUGACAUCGUGA